AGGUGGCGGCAGCGAGCAGAGGAGCGGAGCGGAAAUGCAGAUACGUAUCCGUCUGGCGUAAGGAGCCUAAAGAAGAAGAAGAAGAAGAAGAAGACGACGACGACGACGACGACGACGGAGAGGGGUAGACUGUAUGAAGACAACGGCGACGGGAACUUUUUCGGCAUCAAAACAGAUUUAAUUCUCGUUUGAAGACACUUGUCAAUUUGAUUGGAACCACCAUCCUCACAGUCCAGAUUCCCGCUAAGGAUCGUGGACGCUUGUAUCCGCUCUAAACAAAACAUUUCCGAGCAUUUCCGAACAUACGAGGAACGAAUCCGGUAAACCUUGGGAUCAAGUCAUGUCUCGCCGAAGAAGCCGGAGUUCAUCGCCGGUGCACUUCUCAGGCACCUGUAGCAGCACCGAUCCCCGGGAAAUGGAACGAAGGAUUUUUGUUGGGAAUUUGCCGACAUCCGACAUGAAAAAGAAGGAUUUGGAAGACCUUUUCAACCCAUACGGAAAGAUACUUGGCGUUUCCCUGUUUCGUGGAUAUGGAUUUGUACAAUUUGAACGCGUAGAGGAUGCAGAAGCUGCAAAAGUGGCCCAAAAGGGUCGAAUUUAUAAAGGUUAUAAAAUAGAUGUAAAUAUGGCAGUGGAGCGACGGUCAGCUAAACCUCAUUCCCAGCAGAGCCCUCCACGCAGGCCAUACGGCGGGUAUGGGGACGGCAAGGAUCCUCGGCCUCGGUCCCGCUCGCCAGUUUUGCCUCGUGACAGCAGAGAUCGCGACGCACGUGAACCCCGAGAUCGUGACAGCCGUGACGGCCGUGAUGGGAGGGACCCAAGGGAGCCUGCUAGAGAUCCCGGCAGAGAGCCAAGACUGGGAAGCCACCCUCGCGACCAUGAGUACCGCUACCGCGGUCUGGAGAGCAGAGACAAGGACCUGAGAGGCACGCCGCGAGAUCCCGCCUACAAAGAGGAUUAUGACCGUUACCACCGUGGUGGAAACGGCCCCGACGACUACUACGGCAGAAGGAAGGAUGAGCCAUACAGGGACCAGUACAGGGAGCCUUGGAAUGGACGCCGUGAUGCUGAAGCAGACGACCGCGCUCGCCCGGAGGAGCGCCGGCGUAACGAGCUUUAUCGACAGUACUAUGAGGAGCUGCAGCGGCGCCACGACACCGAGCGUCCCGUCGACUGCUCCGUGAUCGUCGUCAACAAAGCCCAGAAUAGGGAGUAUGCUGAGAUGGUUGGACGCAAAGUUCACGACUUGGGCAUGGUGGUGGACCUGAUCUUCCUCAACACCGAGGUGUCCCUGACUCAGGCGCUGGAGGAUGUGGGCCGCGCUCGCACGCCGUUCGCCAUCAUCAUUACCCAGCAGCACCAGGUGCACCGAUCCUGCACCGUCAACAUCCUAUUUGGCACGCCUCAAGAGCACCGCAACAUGCCGAUGCAGGACGCCAUGAUGCUGAUCGGCCACAACUACGACGCCUACAAGAUUGAGACCCGCGAGAAGGAGCGCGAGGAGAUCGCCCGCAAGGCCGCCAAAAUGGCUGACGACGUGCUGCUCCGCGACCCCGACCGCGAGAGUCACCCCAUCUCUGUGCUAACGUCCAUCACGCUGCUCACUGAGAACAGGUUUUUAACGCCCGAAGAACUGGAAGGUCUGAUCGUGUAUCUCACUGACAAACGGGCACGGCUGUUGCGAAAUCCCGCGGACCCUCACACAGCUGCGGUCCUGCCCGUGACUGCCGACGCGGCGCCCUCGGCUGCGGUGCUGCCUGUGGCGAGGGUGGCGGGCGUGGCGCCGGCAGUGCCAGGACCACAGAAGCCCAGCCACAUGGCACCGCACUCCGGCCUCAUGGGGGCACAGUCCGGUCUCAUGGCGGCACAAUCAGGCCACAUGGCGCCUCAGUCCGGUCUCAUGGCACCACAGCAGUCUAGCCACAUGGCGGUUCAGUCCAGCCACAUGGCGGUUCAGUCCAGCCACAUGGCGGUUCAGUCCAGCCACAUGGCGCCUCAGUCGGGCCACAUGGCGCCUCAGUCGGGCCACAUGGCGCCUCAGUCGGGCCACAUGGCGCCUCAGUCGGGCCACAUGGCGCCUCUGUCGGGUCACAUGGCGCCCCAGUCCGGCCACAUGGCGCCCCAGUCCGGCCACAUGGCGCCCCAGUCGACACCAAUGAGCACGCAGACCAACCCCAACCAGGAGCUCCAGGCCAAGAUCCUCAGUCUGUUCAAAAGCACCGCGGGCAUGCAAGGAAGCACAUCAGGCUCCUCCUCCGCCAGUGCCGUCCAAUCUCAGGGCUACGGCGCCCCCAUGGGCCGCACGACAUCCGCCGCUACGCCGGGUGGUCCGAGAGCCGCCAACUCUGCCAGCGGUAUCAAUUUUGAUAACCCGAGUGUCCAGAAAGCUCUGGACACGCUCAUUCAGAGCAGACCGGCUCUCAACCACCUGGUGAACUCUGGUGGGCUGCAACCUCAGCAGCAACCUCAGCAGCAGCAGCAGCAGCAGCAGCAACAGCAACAGCAGCAGCAGCAGCAGCAGCAACAACAACAAAUACAAAUGCAGCCACAACAAAUGCACCACCUACACCACCAACAGCAGCAGCAACAGCUUCCACCAGCGAGACCAGCAGCCAACAUGGGCCAAAUGUCACAGAUGUACCCCCGACAUUACUGAGGAUUAGGAGGCGUUAAAGAUAUUUUGUAAACGAUUUUAACAUUUUUUGUUGUUGUUUUUUAUGAGCGUUGUGAAUGUUUGCAUCCCAUGCUUUAGUUUCAUGUUCUGUUGGUAUAAUGAUGACAAUUCUGUAGUCUUUUCCCAGCAUGAGAAUGUUUUGAGUUCAUAGACUGCUCCUCCUUCCUCUUGAUGUGUUCAUUAAAAAAAAAAAAGUCACCACACAACUGCUGUAAUAAAAUGGUAUUGGUUUAUUGCAUUUUGUGCUGACAAAUCUAUAAAAUAGAACGGGUAUCAUAGCCAGAAGCCAUAGAGAUAGAAGCAUUUGAAAUGUAAGAUAAAACUUUUUUUGUUUUUAGUGUACCAUGAAACACAAUAGAGAGAAUACAUGUUGACUUUUUUUUUUUUUUU